AUGCUGGAGAACUACAGCAACCUGGUUUCUGUAGGCCUUUCUGUGCCAAAACCAGAGCUAGUCACCUGUCUUGAAAAGAACAAAGAACCCUGGAUCAUGAACAUAGGGGAAGUAGAAGGUAGAGACUCAGUUAAUCAUUUUGAAAACCAUGAACAUCAGAAAGUUUUUCAUAAGUACUCAAACACUUCUUUGCAUAAUAUGAAGCAUACAGGAAUAAAAUUUUGCCAGAUUAAAGAAUGUGAUAAAUUCUUUGAUUUCAAUUCAAAUAUCAUUCAGAAUGAUUCAAGUCACACUGCAGAAAAGAAACCAUACAGAUGUAAUGAUUGUGGAAAGUCCUGUAGAAAACUCUCAUACCUUCAUAUUCAUCACAGAAUCCAUAUGAGAGAGAACCUUUAUAAAUGUGAUGAAUGUGGAAAAUCCUUUAGGAAAAGUUCAUCCCUUAAUGUUCACCACAGAAUCCAUAUAGGAAAGAAACCUUAUAAAUGUGAAAAAUGUGGAAAAUUCUUUACUAGGUGCUUAUUACUUCAUGUUCAUCAGAGAAUCCAUACUGGAGAGAAACCUUAUAUAUGUGAUGACUGUGGAAAGUCCUUUAGUAAGUCCUCCAGUCUUCAAUGUCAUAGGAGAAUCCAUACUGUAAAGAAACCUUAUAAAUGUGAUGACUGUGGAAAAUCCUUUGUUCAUUCUUCCAAACUUCAAUGUCAUAGGAGAAUCCAUACUGGAGAGAAACAUUAUAAAUGUGAUGAAUGUGGAAAGUCUUUUGUUAAUUCCUCCAAACUUCAAUGUCAUAGGAGAAUACAUACUGGAGAGAAACCUUACAAAUGUGAUGACUGUGGAAAGUCUUUUGUCCGGUCCUCCCAUCUUCAAUAUCAUAGGAGAAUCCAUACUGGAGAGAAACCUUAUCAAUGUGAUGACUGUGGAAAGUACUUUAGAGAUGGAUCAUCUCUUCAUGUUCAUCAGAGAAUCCAUACUGGAGAAAAACCUUAUAAAUGUGAUGAAUGUGGAAAGUUCUUUGUUCAAUUCUCCCAUCUUCAAUGUCAUAGUAGAACCCAUACUGGAGAGAAACCUUAUAAAUGUGAUGAAUGUGGAAAGUCCUUUGUUAAGUCCUCCCAUCUUCAAUGUCAUAGGAGAAUCCAUACUGGAGAGAAACCUUAUAAAUGUGAUGAAUGUGGAAAGUCCUUUGUCCAGUACUCCAAUCUUCAUUGUCAUAGGAGAAUCCAUACUGGAGAGAAACCUUAUAAAUGUGAUGAAUGUGGAAAGUCCUUUGUUAAGUCCUCCCAUCUUCAAUGUCAUAGGAGAAUCCAUACUGGAGAGAAACCUUAUAAAUGUUAUGACUGUGCAAAAUGCUUUAGGCAUGGCUCUUCUCUUCAUGUUCAUCAGAGAAUCCACACUAGAGACAAAUGA